UGUUUUGCUGUUAAAACAAAGUGUAACAGUGCAGCUGAAAAGAACAGACUUAACUUCCAAAUCUUUUCGACGUCGAUCAUACAUACAUAGUCUGUCGUCGAACUGCGCAGAACAUUCGACUCCGAUCGCGUAAUCCUCUUUCUCUCCUCAUUUCUUUAGUCCUCAGUUAGCAUUAGCAUCCUGCUAUUUUCAAUAUAGAUAUUUGCGUGUUUCUUUUGCUGUCGCGUCGCGGGUGAGAAAAAGAGAUAGAAAAACAACGAGCGGAGGGGGAGGGAAAGAAGAAAAGCAGAAGUGUUAUUGACAGUUAUUGAUAGUCGAUAAUCGUGCGAUGCUGCGAUCGCACAGUUGCGAGUGAUCGAGCGACGAUCUCUCGGUGGAGCGUGCGAAUAUGACGCCAUCGAGUGACAGAAAUUCUACUAGUACGUUCCGACGGCUCGGACUGAGUUGAUCCUUCUUGGGGUUACGUUGUCCCCAAGCGGCGAUAGCGUGAUCGCUGAAAUUGCGUGGAGAAGAAGCACGGCAUUGAAGGUUUGUUUCUUAUGAGCGGUGUAGUGGGCAGUCCGCAGCGUGAAUCAUGGCGAAGGAUGAAGGGGACGACAUGCUGCCGGACAAGGACGCGGCGAAGGGAUUCUACGCCAAGUACGAGCCCAAGGAAAUCCUAGGAAGAGGGAUAUCUUCCACUGUGAGACGGUGCAUAGAAAAAGAGACAGGUUUAGAAUAUGCAGCUAAAAUUAUAGACAUCAGCAAUGAGACUCAUGAAGAUGGUCAUACUAUGAAGGAUGCUACACUGCAAGAAGUACAAAUACUUCGUAGAGUAGCUGGACAUCCUUACAUCAUUGAAUUGCAUGAUGUUUUUGAAUCUAGUACGUUUAUAUUUUUAAUUUUUGAAUUAUGUAAAAAUGGAGAAUUGUUUGAUUAUCUCACAUCUGUUGUGACACUUUCUGAAAAGAAGACGCGUUAUAUCAUGAGACAAGUAUUUGAAGGAAUUCAGCAUGUGCACAAUCAGGGUAUUGUGCAUAGGGAUUUAAAACCUGAGAAUAUAUUGCUUGAUGACAACUUGAAUGUGAAGAUAACAGAUUUUGGCUUUGCCAGAAUAUUAAAGUCUGGGGAAAAAUUGGAAGACCUUUGUGGUACGCCCGGCUAUUUAGCACCAGAAGUAUUAAAGUGUAACAUGUUUGACAAUGCGGACGGUUAUGGAUUCGAAGUUGAUAUAUGGGCAUGUGGUGUGAUUAUGUUUACCCUAUUGGUUGGCUGUCCUCCAUUUUGGCAUCGGAAACAAAUGGUUAUGCUUCGAAAUAUAAUGGAAGGAAAAUAUUCAUUCACAUCUCCUGAAUGGGUCGACAUAACAGAGGCCCCAAAAGAUUUAAUAAGAAAGUUACUAGUAGUUGACCCGAAGAAACGAAUUUCUAUAAAAGAAGCUUUGGAUCAUUCGUUCUUCCACACUGUUCUGUGGGAUCAAGACAUCGCUCCUCUAAAACAUUCUCUGUCAACUAACUCGCGACGUCUGAGUAGGAUAUCUCAGUUAGCUUUGGAGUUGAAGGCCAAAUCAUUCAAUGCACGGAAGAGAUUCCAGUUGGCAAUUAUUUGUGUACGAGCAGUUAUCCGUAUUAAACGACUUCAUAUCACGCCUGAACCACUUUCAACACAAGUAGCUUGCACCGAUCCCUAUAGAAUCAAAAUUCUGCGGAAGGUAAUCGAUGGCUGCGCGUUUCGAGUUUAUGGUCAUUGGGUGAAGAAGGGAGAGGGUCAGAAUCGGGCAGCACUUUUCGAAAAUACACCAAAGACAGAAUUGAAGCAUCUGUACGUUAGUAAUUUAAGUAGGUAACUAUUGCUUUUUUAAAUUGAUCUAGUUAAAUUUAUUGCUAAUAGAAUCUCAAUAAUAAGAUGAAACGUUAAUAAGAUAUGUUAGAGAAAAGUGUUCGGAAAAAAAAAAAAAAA